GGUUGGUGACACUGGCAGGUAUACGUAACAUAAUGACGUAAUUGAAAGAACUAAAUAAAAUUGGAAUUAUAUAAACUGUAAAACUUGAGUUUCGGUCAGAAAUGGCAUUAAAUAUUCCAAAACUACCAUUAAUUCGAAUUGUAACGACUAGAGGUUAUGCCCAAUUAGCUCCAGUUGGUGGCGUUUCUACUUGUGAGUUUAAAAAUGUUGUACUCUCUAAUAAGUUGGUUGUAGCAUCAGCUGAAAACGAAUCAUCCAUAUCAAGGAUAUCUAUUGUAUUCAGGGCUGGUUCGCGAAAUGAGUCUUCUGAUAAUUUAGGUGUCACACACGUAUUACGCAAUAGUGCAGGUUUGUCUACCAGAAAUGCUUCACAGUUUGCAAUUAUUCGCAACAUUCAGCAGGUCGGUGCUAGUUUAUCAGCUACAUCUGACCGAGAAACAAUUUCUUAUACCUUAGAAGGCACAAGGCAAGCUGUUGAAAAAGCUUUGCCUUUUCUUACAGAAGUAGCAACUCAACAAGUAUUCAAACCAUGGGAAAUAUCUGAAAUCACAAAUCGCCUGCUUCUUGAUAUUGCUACUCGCCCAUUACAGCUUAGGGCUAUCGACUUAGUGCAUAAUGCUGCUUUCCGAUCAGGAUUAGGUAAUUCUCUAUUUAUACCAAAAUCCCAAAUUGGCAAAAUAUCUUCUGAAACACUUCAACACUAUGUUGCAAGUACUUUCCUCACUGGACGUGCGUCUGUGGUUGGAUUGGGAGUUAAUAGUGCAGAGCUAGAACAAUAUGCCAAUAGCUUAAGACUUGAAUCAGGAGAAGGUUGCAGUACUGCAUCCAUCUAUAAAGGUGGUGAACUUAGGUCAAACAAAGGUGGCAAUAUAGCUUUUGUUGCCAUUGCUGGCGAAGGAGCAGCACUGAAUAAUACGAAAGAAGCAUUGGCAUUUGCAGUACUUCAGAGAGCUAUCGGUGUUGGCCCACAUAUCAAAUGGAGUACAAGGGACAAUGGUCUUCUGUCAAAAUCAAUUGGUGUCACGACCGAAGAUUAUGCUAGUUCAGCAUUUAACGCUAGUUAUGCAGAUACUGGACUUUUUGGUGUACUUAUUGCUGCACCCAGCAGAUCUGCUGGAGGAAUUGUUGAAUCUGCUGUGAAGUUAAUACGAGGUUCUAGAAUCAGUGAAGAAGACGUAACAAGAGGUAAAAAUCAGUUGAAGACGGCCCUUCUCUUGGAUGCUGAAAGUGGAUCACAAACUCUUCAAAGUAUUGCAAAUCAAUCUGCCAUUUUGAGAGGACAAAUACAAAGUCCAGCACAAGUUGCCUCGGCAGUAGAUUCUGUAUCAACUGCAGAUGUACAAAAUGCUCUGAAGAAAGUAGGACAGAGAUUAACCCUAGCUUCAAUAGGAAAUCUUAGCAACGUUCCUUACCUGGAUGAAUUAAAGUAAAUAAUUAAAUAUUUAUUAGAACGGUCAAUCUGCAUUAUUGUCUAUUUCAUUUCAUAUCAUUUAAGUUUAUUUGUACAUUGAUUGUAAAAUAAAAUUAUACCAUAGAUUUAA